AUGUCAGGCUGGCAGGAGUACAUCAGCAGCUUGAUGAGAGAUGGGCUGUGCUGCGAUGCAGCAGUGAUCUCCGUGGCUCACCAGCAGCUCCUGGCUGCCCACCCAGGUGGGGUUCUGGCAAACAUGACUCAGCUGGAGAUCCAAGUGCUCCUGGGUAGGAAUAGAGACACACUUCUCACCCAGGGAACCACGCUGGGUGGGCUCAGGUGUCUGGUGAUCCGGGACAAUCUCUACACAGACACCCACAAUUACACCAUGGACCUCCGGACCAAACGGCAAGAGGAGAACAGCGACACCUGCACCUAUGCCAUUACUGUUGCCCUGGCCAACCCAGUGUGCCUCAUCCUAGUGGGCCAGAAGGGGAUCCAGGGAGGAACGCUGAACCUGAAGGCUUUCAAGAUGGUGCGUUACAUUAAGAACUCAAUGCACCAAUAA